GGAUAAUAACCAGCUGCAUGCAUGAAACUCCCAUGUUCGAUCUACUUAGGUAGUCAAUACUUCUUUCCUACACAUCUCCUCCGUACUAGUCGUAGCCCCGUUCGACACGAUACGUCGAUUAGUUGCCGUGGAUCGUUGUCGGGGUUAGCAGGGAGCAUUUUUCGACUAGGGAACCCCUCUAAAUCCACAUUUUAAUAUCACUGCACCAUCGAAGUUGUCGAACUUGCAUCAAGAGACUAAGACUGAUCAACCCACCUACCAAGCAAUCCAAACUCGUCUCCUCGUCUAACCCUCCAUUUCCAAUCUUCCAUAUCCAAAAAGAACUUCUAGGGCGCUACCCGUACAUUGAACUUCUUCUAACAUCCACUCAUCCUCCUCCGUUCGUUGCAAGAGCGCUGCUAGCCAGCCAUCGUACCUUACAUUUCCAACCCAAUUCGUUCUGCUUCGUGCAUACGCCCACACUCUCUUGUCUUUGAACUUUCCACUUUAUCCGCAUCUUCAUUCGGUUCUAUUUUCGAGUAUUCACAUUUGAACACCAAGCUGUCAAUCUUUCAAUCUUUCAGUCUUUCUACAUUUCAUCACGAGAACGGAAAAUAUCGAAAUCAAAUCAAAUCAAGUCUCCACGUUCCUUCGAGGUGCCGAAUUGUCAUUCCCCACCAGCCCACCACUACUUUACGAUCAGCAAUCAACACUAAUUAAUAGCGACGGGAGGAGCCCGAGAGUCAAAUCCUACGAAAAGCACAAGGGCUUGUACAUCAUCUUUUGGAAUUUAUAUACUUUAGAACAUAAUCUCAACCAAACAAUAAUCGCUCGACAAGAGAACAUUCCCAUCGCUGGACGGAUCCGAGAAUAUUUAAUAUACACACUAGUUGCAUCAGAGAGAAGGGACGCACGCAAGAAGAAAAAGAUACCGACAAUUCGAGAUAGCUUCGCACAACAUACGAGUAUUGCAACACGACAUAGAACUUCCUUACACCGCUUGAUAGCUGGUCGCUCACGAAGGCGACCAGCCAGCUUCGAAAGAAUAUUUCACGAAUACAUAAUUUUUGAGGGAGAAAAGGCAUCAUGUCUUUGAAACAGGAAAUUGAGACGUGGGUUUCUGCCCUUGGCCGUUACGAUAAUAACGAAUUUGAUGAAGCGUUGAAGGAGUUUGAUGGGAUUGCAGAUACUUCAAAGAUUCUCUUCAAUUGUGGUGUUAUUCAUGCAACUUUGGGAGAGCAUGAGAAAGCGGUCGAAUGUUAUCAAAAAGCCGUUCGCCUGGAUCAAUACCUAGCCGUAGCAUAUUUUCAACAAGGUGUCUCGAAUUUUUUGGUUGGCGAUUUCGAGGAGGCUUUGGCAAACUUCAAUGAUACCUUACUAUACUUGAGGGGAAACAAUAUGAUCGACUAUGCUCAACUUGGUCUUCUUUUCAAACUAUAUUCGUGCGAAGUGUUAUUUAAUCGCGGGUUGUGCUACAUCUAUCUACAACAGAAGGAAGCGGGACUGCAGGAUUUCUCCUUCGCGGUGAAAGAGAAGGUUGUUGAGGAUCACAAUGUUAUCGAUGAGGCAAUUCGCGACGAAGCGGAGGGUUAUACCGUUUUCUCAAUUCCUGUAGGAGUUGUUUACAGGCCCAAUCAAGCGAAGGUCAAGAACUUGAAGACAAAAGAUUAUCUAGGCAAAGCACGUCUAGUUGCAGCUUCAGACCGUGCUAAUGCUUUCACCGGAUUUGCCGGUUCAGAGAUUAAGAAUGCUGGUAUAAUCCAACCCAAGGAUGACCGUCCGACGGAGAAUCUUUCGUACGCAGCGGCGAACCUUGUAAAGCCAGGCUUGGCUAGCAAAAGACAACAAUCAGAACCACCUCUGAACCGAAAUGUUUUCCCACCUACGCCACCUCCUGAGGCAGAGAAAAUUUCUGGACCUCCACCCAUGAGUCGCGGGGCUUCUGUUCGGAACGGGCCUAAACCCAUGCCAGCUAAACUCAACAUCGAAAGAGCACGUCCAAAUGAAGGUUAUGAGAUUCGUGAACGUGAUGAUGCAAGAAGCCCUCCAGAUGCGCGACCCGCCAGACGUGGGACUCAAAGAACAGCAUCAGAGCCAAGGGGACCAUCGCAAAUGCAAUACUCCAAUAAAAGAUCCGAAUCACGUUCAAGACAACCACCAAGACGAAUGCAAUCAACGCAAGAAGAAGAAGAUGACUACCCGGACGAUCUCUAUGAUAUGUAUAGCUCCCCAGGUCGGAGAUCGAAUAACUCUAGACGCAACACCCGUAAUAGAUAUAUCGAAGAAGAGAGUGAAUACGCAAGCGACUACGAUGAAGGCUCUUUUGACGAAGAUGAGUUUGAAAUGGUCUCUAGUCGUCCGCCUCCAAGAUCCCGCACAACAUCCUCAAUUAAUGGUGGCAAUGGUCGAGCUGGUUCUCGUCAACCUGAUAUUCGCAAAGUUCGUGUGAAGGUCCACGCCGAGGAUGUACGAUAUGUUAUGAUAGGCUCGGCUAUCGAAUUCCGCGAUUUCCAAGACAAGAUAAAGGAGAAAUUUGGGCUGCGUGAUCGAUUCAAGAUUAAAGUUCGCGAUGAGGAUGUUCCUAAUGGCGACAUGAUUACGAUGGGUGAUCAGGAUGAUUUGGAUAUGGUUUUAUCGAGUGUGAAAUCAAAUGCCAAGAGAGAACGAUUGGAUAUGGGAAAGAUGGAAAUUUGGGUAGUAAAAGCGUGAUUUCAGGACAAGUAAGAUAAUGAUGAAUGUUGACGAUUAUGUUUUUCUUUUUUAUUUCAUUUUCCCGCAUACCAAAAUUUCCUCCUUAUUUUUUGGAAGAGGUCUUUGGGAAGGGAAGUGAGAGUUUUGUCUAUUUAAUUUGUUCGCCGAGGGUGAAAAAACUUCUUUGAUAUGAUACCAACAAAUAUCCACAUUAGCGAAUACAAAUGCAUUGUUUGCUUUUUUAUCUACUUCUGAAUAUUGAUAUUCAAGUUUAUGGCGCUUAGAAUUGUAUAAGCGAGCGCCGACGCGAAAAAAAGAAUGUAUGUGUAUGUACAUGCAUACAUGGAGUUGUAAUUCUAGCAAAGAAGAGGAGAAAGGGGAGAGGUAAUCAUUUAUAAAUGUCUGGGACAAAUUGAUCUAUCUUUCCUUUUUCUUUUCGUGAGUUUGGGGGGCUUGUGGAUUUCGGUUUCUCUUCUUUUUAUGUCGUUUUCUUUCUUGUUACUGGGGAAGAGAGCUCUGAGGAGAGGGUGGGAGAUACGGAUGAGAUGAGAUGAGAUGAAGUGGUUAAUUUAAAUUGGAUGGAUGGAUGGAUGGGGGAGAACUCAGACAUCGAGGGCUUGGAUACUUGGAUCGAUGAUGGUCAUGGUCAUGAUGGAAAUGGAGAAUGAGGAGGUUGGGAUGGGUUAGAUGUUUAUUUGUACUAUGGAUACUAGGUAGUAUGAAUGAUAAAUAUAUGUGUAUGUGCAUGUGUAUGCGUAUGCGUAUGCGUAUUAUGCA